AUGUCACCAAUUUUAGUGGAUAGGCAGUGUGGCUCAGCGUACAACCGGCAUGCUGAAAUUUCGGAUUGGUGCCCUGUACGCGUGCACAGCACAAGGCACCUCGUAAGCGCAGGCAUCACACCUGCAACGACGCCGUCCGAUCGUUUCUUCCUUUUGACGCAUGCAGGGAGAUCCCAAGUCAAGGCUCUACUAGCUUCAGCAGAUCAUGGGAACCUUCUAGAGGGAGCGCCAAAUCUGAAAACCCGAUUUUUGGAGCCGCCUCUAGCUGCAUCAAAUAGUGAGGACAAGGGACCGCAACAGACCUCUCAGCAGUAUCGCUAUUCGACAGGGUCAGGCGGUGCAACCGCAUUCCCUCCUGCAGGCGAGAGAGAUCAGGAAACCUGGGCACGACGUGAAGAGCAGGCAGACGACGAUGACGACGGGCGACUCCCUGAUGCGUGCGUUCAGUUGGACGAGCCUUUUCUUCUGCCACUGCUUUUGAGAUUUUUAGGCGUCUCGAUGUAUGGGCGGCUAUGUUGUGUGAGCAAAAGCUUGAAGGAGGCAUGCGAAGGCCGAUGUCGCAAAACUGCGACUGCGGCGACGUGGGGAGGUCCAGGAGGGCUGAAUCAAGACCCAAGAGACGGAGCGGGCGGGUUACGGCACCUGACUUUGCUCGCUGUAGACGAGGAAAAGAGUUCCGCUCAACCUGUAUUCAAUUCUCAUCGAGGCACAACCUCGUACGCUCCGGAGAAUUCGACGAGUUCCUCCUCCAUCAUAUGCGACGAUGCUUUUUUUCACGAGAAUGGGGAUUUCUGGCUUACGUUUCUGCGAGAUCAUUUCCCUGGGUCAUUCAACGAAGAGCUGGAACUGCUGGAAAGCUCCAGACAUCUUGCUCGAGGAGGGGGCACUGCUGGAGCUGUCGGAGCUGUGGCAGCUCGGCAACUGCUUCGAACGGCCAAAGUUGCGAGACAGCACGCACAACAGGUGGCUCGUCAAGUUGAGCUGCUGCGGCAGAGCCGUGAGCGUGAAGAAAUGGUUGCUGCACAGCGGUUGCGACACGAACAGGACCAAGCCCAUGCCCACCUGGUGGAGCUUGCGGAUGGCGCUACUGUGUGCCGGGCGCGGAUGCACUGUGACGUGUUUGAGCCGACCCAGAUGACUGGUGCGCCUCCAACGCUUCGCACUGCUGGGGACUCGGCGGCUCCCGACUCUGACAUAGGGAGCGGCAGAGACACAGCAGAGCCAGAGUGCAAGUAUCGGAAGAUCUUCCGGUCGCCCGCGACAUUCCUUCCACGCAGCUGUUCUGUGGAAAUCGCUUCGUCUGCUGCCGAGAAUGUUGGGAAUGACGUUGGCAGUGGAGAGACAUCCCAUCAGGCGGGAUCGGCUGUCCCUUCGUUUGCAAUGACGGGCGUAUGUCCUCUCGGACAGAGCGAUGAUUCGAGGGGCCCUCCUGCUGACGAGCGAUCUCUGGGCGCGAGAGACGAAACAUGUGCAAAGGCGCCACUGCUGACAGUUGGCUUGAAUAACUCUCCACAAUGCGCCGCCGUACGGCAAGGCCAGACACGGCCGCGAAACGAUGAAAGUGACGGGACUGAGAACGGCGCGUUUGAUGGGUGGAGGAUUGGAUCACCAUCCGUAACGAUGUCGGGGAACCGUGGAAGCCUUUUCGCGGAGAGUGCCCGAGUGACCGCUAUCGGUUUGUCAGGCAGUCCUGCAGUUGUGGGAAGACGAGGGACAAAGGCACAGUCGGCAACGGGUUUGCAGGAUCAGCUGCCGAAAGAUCAAGUAGAGCUGCGGUCCAAGACGGAGGUUAAGGCACCGCUAGCUGCUCUCUGGAGGGAAGGAUCAAGUCGCGGAUCCGGGCGACCCUAUAAAACGGAAGAAGACAUCGAUCCUCUUCUGCUCUGUGUGUCUGCGCGCUUGACCUGCAUGAUCCUGGUGACAUCGUCUAAGACUGCAGAAAAAUGGCGCCAGCUUGAUCUCAUUGUCGGAUGGCUCUGGUUCCAGCGCAACGUGCUUCGGCGGAUGACUCUCUCUCAGCUAAGGCGGUGGAUGAUAAAACGCCGCAUGCCGAGAGAAGCUAGUCCUUUCUUACUAAAAGACGCACCUCGAGCGAGAAUCAGCUGUUCAACGGGCGAGUUGAUUGAGCUGCCAGAUCAGGUGGAGAAAAGCGGGGAUCACAUCGCAUGGAAGAUGACAACCAAGAACUGGGAGCUUCUGUACGAGUCUGUUCAACUGGAGAUGGGCUACAGAGCUAGAAUGCUUGCCGAAAAGCUCUUUCAGCGACACCAGGGGCAUAUUGACGACGUGGGGAAUCUCAUCGAGGACCGUCUUGCACUGGAGCAGCAUCUUCUAUGCCUUCCGGUGUUUUGCGGCGAUGUGCCCCGACAAGCCACUACUUGUGGAUCCCAGCCAUUUCCGGCGCGGGUACCCCCAUGGAGGAAAUGUGUUUCUCGGUUGCGCAGCCUUUUUAAAGGAGCUUUCUCACUUCUGCAGGGGCUAAACGAGGCCUGGGACGACUACGAAGAAUGGGCUGAGAUGACGUGCCAAGCCCUGGACUGCUUGGACUUCCGCAUCACACAGGAAAGGGAGGCAUGUGACCAACGGUGGCCACACACACCGAAUCUCGGGGAUGUCGCGAAGCUGCAGUUCCGGACCUUCUGCGUUUUCGACUCCCGGUUGAUGCACUGCAUCUGCGCAAGCGUCUAUGCUCUUAUUCACGAGCUCGAGGAACAGCGUAGUCGGUCAUCCGCAAUCGUCUCGGGUUGGUUGACGACCGCCUGGUCGUCGACAAGCCAUCACGCCGAGAUGGCGGGGGCUGCCGCUCGGCCAGUCGAUGCCAGCUCCGGCCUGGCUGAAACGGCUAAUUUUCCGCAGGAAACACGCGUUGCCACGCGCGAGACAACGUUGUCAAGAGCCCGCCGAGCCAGUACUGUGGAACUUUUUGAAGCAUCGAUGCAGCGACUGGACGAGUUGGAUGUGGCGGAUGACGGCUUGAGCUCACGCCCGACGAGAGAAGAAUUCCAGAAGUUUAUUGUGACGCCCAUCAAGGGGACCUCUAGUCGCUUGUCGAACGCCGCGUGGUGUUGUCCGUAA